GUCAGCUAGUCGAGGCGUAGAGCCCGAGAAGAGAAGACAAAUUGAGCUCAAGGCUCAGUGCAUCUCAGUGACAGAGUGUGAGAGAGCAGGAGAAAGAAGGAAGUAAAAGUGACAGAGUCCAAGUUUGUGCGCCGAGGAAAGCCGUCGCUUUCCUCAGGAAAGAAAGAACUUUUGUGCGCUGCACCCCUUGGAAGGAUUAUGGAUUACACAUUGACUACUGUGUGAAGUGGUGUUUGGUUUUUUCGGAGAGUUUGGUGGCUAAACUCUGGAAUAGUGAGAAACGGAGUGGUAUCUACUCGUGAAAGACUGAGCUGAAAGAACACUUAAAUAGUCCACAACUCGAAAUAGUGUCGAUGAUAAAAUUCACAACUCAUAUACACCCUCUUUUGAACGAAGACUGAGUUCUUGCAGCCAAUGCCCUUUUCUACUUCAUCUGUACAUAGAUAUAUUUGGAUUAAUGUUCCUGUUACUUGAAUUACACUAGAAUUUAAUAACUGACUAGUAAUACUGAAUAGCAACUAGAGAGCAAGUUAGAAAGAGAAACAUAAAGAAGGAAACCGUGUUCGAAAGUGUGUUUAGUGCAAAAGUCCAUCAUCUAAGUCAAAAGGAAAUCAAGGAUUAACUCACAAUUCUCCGGCUCAUCAUAUCGAUUUGGAUUACCCAUCUUCACACACAGAAGACACAUCAAAGCUCUAAAUCUGGAUUACACUUUUUCGGAGCAACAGCGUUCUAGUGCCAACCUUUUAUAAAAUAUAAACCCACGAGCGGAGUUAUGGAAUAGUUGCACCGGAGAGAUAAAGCGAGUUUAAUAAGUGUGCUUAAUGUCGUUUAAACUAAGUGUAGCGCAGUAAGUCGUAAGCAAGUGUCGUGUGCCCAGCAGUCUGUCUCACGAAGCUAUGGCUAUGGCGGCGUGCUAUGGAAGCUACGAUCUGGGCGGUGGUCAGGGUGUCACGCAGCACCACCAGCAGCAGCAGACCCACCAGUCGAAUCGGCUGUCGGGUCCGCCGCAGAAGGACUACAGCAUACCGCUGCAUGUGGACUGCAGUGUGGAGUAUGAGCUGCCGAACGCGGCGAAGCCACCCGCCGGGGCGCGCGUGGAGCCGCUGCUCAUGAUCCACCCUUGCUACUUUCGCAAGAUGGAGAGCCAGCGUCGCAGCCCCUUCAUCAACAACAUGCCAAAUUCAUCACGCAGCGCCACCACGGCCGCUGGCUCUGUGAUCACCGGCACGGCGCCGGCCGUGGCUGGAUCGCGACGCUCCAGCAGGGCGUCAUCGCAGGUCCACCAUGCACAUCACAUGCAGCUGGCACAGCAGAUACAGCAGCAGCAGAUGUCCCAAAUGUCACAGCAAGCGCAGUAUCCCGCGAGCAAUGGGCAGUCGGCGCAGGCCACCAACACACAGUAUAUCGAGCAGGCCCGCCGGGCCGUGAUACACAGCCACGGUGGGCAGCAGUCGGCGCAGCAGCCGCAGAACCCGGGCUCGGCGUCGUGGAAUCACAUGGGCAUCCCCGCGUCUGUCAACAUGACCGGGCAGUCCAUGUACAGUAAACCGGUGGGCAAGCGGGACGCCAUGCUGUCCGGAGGCUGCGGAAUUUACAGCAGCACCAACAAUGACAGCCACUCGGCCCGGUGGGAGCCCGAGCGGAGCCCCAUGGCGGCUAUACCGCGCGACUACCAGGCCGGCCCCGACGCCACCCCCGCCGUUCCCCGCGACGACAAGCACAUUCUCAGUGGCAAAUACAGACAAUACUUGAGAGCACAUCGACUGCACCCCUACAUGAUGGCCACCGGCUCGGUCAGCUCCUCCUUCCCGCAGCUGACCGCCUCAGCAUUCCCGCAGAUGCAGCAAGUGACGUGCUAUAAUGUGUGAUCUUAGUAAGACCCAAAAUCUCUAUACUAUACUAAAAAGAUUAAAAAAAAAACAUGAAACCCUCUAUAAACAUGAAGGAAAACACGAGAGAAAGAAUGAAGAAACUGGACUUACUACUAAAAACCUAUAUAUAAAAAACCUACAUAUAAAAUGAAAAAAAUAUUUAAUGAAAAAUAUGCAUAAGAGGCGGAAAGAGAGCAAAGAAAUAGAUGCAAGAUAAAGUAUGAAGCAGAAGUAGGAGAUAAAGGAAGAAGUAAAUUGAAUGAAGAAGAAAAAACCACAUAAAAAUUUCAAACAAAAAAUAAUUAAGUAGAAUAUGAAACUAUAUAUCUUUCAAGGAAAAAAAACAUAUAUAUGAUUAUGAUUAUAUAGACCGCGACAAAAAUCUGUUUUUAUUUGUGUCUUACAUGAAGCAACCUUUCCGUUGCAUUUAAAUGUGAUAGUAGAUUAAUUAAUUCCAAUCAUUGAAAUUCAUUAUAAAAAAAAAUUGAUUAAUUGCUAGUGACUUGUCAUUGCUACACGAUUUUAAAAAGCCCAGGAGAAGACGGUAAAUGAUAAACAAUUGCAUUCACAAAAUUGAUUACAGAACCUGUUUUUCAGAAAUGAUAGUAUCUCCCCCGCCCCCACACCCUCCCCCCCCCCAUAAUAACACUUGCAAGCAAAGGAAGUAACAUUUGAGGUUAGAACACCAACAAAAGAUUUGUGUUAAUUUCUUUUUUGUAAUAAGGAAGACAUACAGAAAAGUAAUGAAAUGAGGUGGAAAAAAAAGUGAGGAGGAUGAAGAAAUUUCUUAUCAUGUCCAAAGAUGAUAAUUUAACUGUGAGAAAAGUGAAAAUAAAUAUAAAAGUUGAUGUAUUUAACGUCAUCCAAUA